UCCUCACUUGUGACGCCAGAUUUAUGUCAUGACAAUAUACAGUGUAUAUAUACCCAUGCAGUGGCCACCCCCACUGCUCAGAUAGGAAAGUGCGGACAGUGUUUUACUUAGUAGUGGCAAACGGAUCAGUCGGCAAUUGUUUUGUUUUGAACUAUCCAGUAAUUUAUUCGGCAAAUUUUUCUUUCAUUUCGAGAGCUUUAUUGCGUAGCCUUUUCUCACUGAACUACCCUCAUCGCCACUAAGGAAAGAAUGGAGAUGCUGGACAACCUGCAAGACGACAUGGGAAUUGAAUCAGGCAACACAACCUCUAAAAUCAGCCUAGAGGUGUCCAUGAACUUUACAUUAUUCCCCUAUUACCAACAUUCGUUGUAUGUGGCUACAAGCUAUAUCCUGGCAUACCUCUUCAUCUUUCUGCUGUGUAUGGUGGGGAACAGUCUGGUCUGUUUCGUCGUCCUUGGAAGCAGUCAUAUGCACACGGUCACCAACCUCCUCAUCUUAAACUUGGCGAUCAGUGACCUCCUGGUGGGUAUCUUCUGCAUCCCCACAACACUUGUGGACAACCUCAUAACAGGUUGGCCCUUUUCCAACGUUGUCUGCAAGAUGAGCGGUUUUGUGCAGGGUGUGUCUGUGUCUGCAUCAGUCUACACGUUGGUUGCAAUUGCUGUUGAAAGGUUUCGCUGCAUAGUGUUCCUGCAUAACAAGACAACCUUCGUGGCUGCCAAGGCAGCUAUUGCUGUUAUCUGGCUACUAGCAAUGGCGAUCAUGUGUCCAGCCGCAGUGGCAUUGACUGUGGAGGAAAUUCCUUGGCACUACAUGGUCUAUAAUGAUGAUGUAAACCAUACGAUACCCCUCUACACCUGUUAUGAAAACUUUGCCAACCCAAAGAUGACAAAAGUUUACACUGCAGUUCUUUUUGCUCUUGUCUACCUGGUUCCAUUGAUGGUCAUCACACUUAUGUAUGGUACCAUUGGUGCCAAACUAUGCUUAUCUGUGGUUGGAAACAGAAUGCCACAGGAAACCAACAUCCAUGUCAGGCGUAAGAGACGAGGUAAGGGAGUGUUCUCCCAGAAAAAGAUUCGGGCGAUAAAGAUGCUGGUCCUGGUGACCUUGCUUUUCAUGUUAUCAUGGUUACCACUCUGGACCCUAAUGAUGAUGGCAGACUAUGCGGGCUUGGCAAGAGACAAACUCGAUCUAUUGAACAGCUACAUCUUCCCCUUUGCUCAUUGGCUGGCUUUUGCCAAUUCCAGCAUCAACCCCAUAAUCUACGGCUAUUACAAUGAGAAUUUCAAAAAAGGAUUUCAGGCGGUAUGCAAAUCCUCGACCUGUCUCGUGCAGUGGCAUGUGUGUAGAAGGAUUACAACCUGUUUUAGGAGUCGUAGGUCUGUGCAAGUCCCUAUUGAAGGUACCAGUUGCAAAAAUCGCGGUAGCUAUAAGAACCGGCUGUUAUUUCGAGUGAGAAAUAGAGUCCACAAUGACAAAUUCAACAUGGGCAAACGUGAGUUGAACAGGAGUACUAAGGAGGGGUGUGUGGGAGCUCUGUCAAGGAGGAGUGCUUCGCAUGAAGGGAUAGAAAUGGCAACGAUGAACAAGAAGGGCAGCCGUAGUGAGGCAUUGGAGAAAGCCAGCCCGCUGUCAGUUUCACUGCACCAUGCAUGGGAUAACUGAAUUCACUUUGAAUAUACCUAUACUCACAAAAAUUAAACAUCAGAUGAACUUGAAAGAAAUUGAAUACACUACGCUUAAUAUUUGAACUUAGUGUCAUGUAAAUAAUUCAUUUAGUGCAACCUGAAAUUUACUAUCUCUUCUCAACUAAUUUGACAAUGAAGAAAACCAAUUACCGUAUUUUCCGCACUAUAAAGCGCACCGGAUUAUAAG